AGUCAGAACUAGGAAACUUGGAAAUAUCCCAUGUACUAAUUCGUUGAUCGUGGCACGUGAUUAACUACAACCAGUUAGCGAGUCGGAAAUAUCAGAGUUUCUUAGUUCCAACUAGUACUUGAACGCGGCACGAUUCCUAGCCAAGUGGACGAUGUCACUUUCUCGUAUAAAGGAAUUUAUGACAUUUUUAGAAUUUCACAACAUGCUUUGAAUAUAAUAGUUUGUUCGCAUAGAGCAGUAUGCAUGUCACGGAAUUGUGUUGAAUGCCCUAACGUUACAUAGGGGGGAAAAACGUGUUGGAAGUCCUAGCUAGCUAGUUAACGUUACUCGGACGGAGGCUAGCUGAAACGACCACUAUGAGAGACAACGAGAAGACGUGGAAAGUUUACUCCGAACCAAAGAUAACAGAGGUGUAACAAUAUUGCAGUACCACGAUACACCGGGGGACUUGGUGUCUGGGUAUGUCACAUGAGUAACUCCACAGAGUUCCCGAGCCACGCCUCGGGAGGAGAGAGAGCUGUCAACCAGGCAGCAGAGACAUGACGUGGUUCUUUCAUCCGACAGAAUGGUACAUGUCAUAGCCAACGUGUGUUGUUUUGCUCUUUGAGAAAAGAGGUUGGAGUUGGAGGUAUCCCCAUGUGGGUAGUGCCUUGGUGGGCUGGGAGGGAACGAAUUAAUGAGAGGCAUAGGGUAGCCUAAGAGCGCAUUCUCUUCCAGUGUCUGACAGCGCUGUCAAUACUUCACUUCACAAUUUGGACCUAGGACUCGGGAGUUCAGCGAACAUUGGUGCUCUAGCUACACAGGACCAGCUAGCUGUCUGAUGUUAUGUUUUAUUUGUAGAAAUUAAACCAGCUCUACGAAGCUUUCUUAUUGAAGUGCAGUUCCUCAAAGAGAGAACUCGUGGUCACUGCUCUAUUUGGCUGCUGUGAGGGAGGCCAGUGCUGUUACUGGUGAGCAUUGAGACUUCUCCACCCCAGAAAGACAGACGGACGGAGUUCCCCUGCCCAGUGCCCCUGUUCUACUUUUCAUGGAUGCCAGGCUGGCCCUGCUGCAGCUUGGGACUCUCCUGGUCCUCCUGUCCGCAGCACUGGAGUCGACUGCUAAGCUGACCACUGGCGAGGAGGUCUACACUAACACCUGGGCGGUCCACAUAGAGGGGGGACCGCAGGAGGCUGACCGAAUCGCCAGGAAACACGGCUUCAUCAACCAUGGCAAUGUGUUUGGGGAUUAUUAUCACUUCCGUCAUCACACCGUAGUGAAGAAAUCUCUAUCAGGCCACAGGGGAACAUAUGUCCGACUGCAGAAGGAACCACAGGUGCGUUGGGUGGAGCAGCAGGUGUCGAGGCGGAGGAAAAAGAGGGAUGACUACAACGAACCAUCCGACCCCAAAUUCCCCCAGCAGUGGUACCUGGUGAGCAAGUCCAACCCCAGCGAAGCAGACCUGAAUGCCAGGGGAGCAUGGUCCCAGGGGUACACCGGGAGAGGAGUGGUGGUCACGAUCCUGGAUGACGGCAUAGAGAAAGACCACCCAGACCUUGCCUCCAACUACGACCCUGAUGCCAGCUAUGAUGUUAAUGAUGGAGACUCUGAUCCCCAGCCACGCUACACACAGCGCAACGAGAACAGACAUGGAACACGGUGUGCUGGUGAGGUUGCUGCGGCCGCCAACAACGAUGUUUGUGGGGUGGGCGUGGCCUACAACGCCAAAAUUGGAGGUGUGCGUAUGCUGGAUGGAGAGGUGACAGAUGUGGUGGAGGCCCACUCCCUCAGCCUCAACUCGCAGCACAUCCACAUCUACAGCGCCAGCUGGGGCCCAGAGGAUGAUGGGAAGACGGUAGAUGGCCCCGCCAAGCUGGCCAAGGAGGCAUUCCUCCAAGGAGUCACUGAGGGCCGUGGCGGGCUGGGCUCCAUCUUUGUGUGGGCGUCGGGGAACGGUGGUCGUGAGAAGGACAGCUGUAACUGUGAUGGUUACACCAACAGCAUCUACACCCUGUCCAUCAGCAGCACCACCCAGUACGGCAUGGUGCCCUGGUACAGCGAGGCCUGCUCCUCCACCCUCGCCACCACCUUCAGCUCUGGGAACCCUAACGAGAAACAGAUAGUGACCACAGACCUGAGACAGAAGUGUACAGACACCCACACGGGGACGUCAGCAUCGGCCCCCCUGGCUGCUGGGAUCAUCGCCCUGGCUCUGGAGGCCAAUAUGAACCUGACGUGGCGGGACAUGCAGCACUUGGUGGUGAGAACCUCUCACCCCGCCCACCUCAGCACUGACGACUGGAGGACCAAUGGAGUGGGCCGCAAAGUGAGUCAUUCGUAUGGGUAUGGUCUGCUGGAUGCGGGGGCCAUGGUGGCCCUGGCUCAGAACUGGACCAGCGUGGGCCCACAGCACCAGUGUGUCCUCACCAUGCUCUCAGAGCCGAGGGACAUAGGUAGCCGGCUGCUGUUCAGUAAGACAUUGGACUCCUGCUGGGGCAGACCAGAGUAUGUCAACUCUCUGGAGCAUGUCCAGGCCCGCCUCACUCUCUCCUACAACCACAGAGGAAACCUGGCUAUACACCUCAUCAGCCCCCUAGGGACACGCUCUACCCUGCUGGCUCCCAGGCCUAAAGACUAUUCGCCAGAGGGAUUUAUUGACUGGGCCUUCAUGACCACCCACAUGUGGGACGAGGACCCUCGAGGGGAGUGGACCCUGGAGAUAGAGAACGUCUCAGAACAAGGACAUGACUAUGGUGUGUUGAGUCAGUUUACUCUGAUCCUGUACGGUACAGGCUCCAGCUCCAUUAACCCCUCGUCUCCUGACUUCCCCCGGCCGUCCAACAACAGCUGCAAGACCUUCGACACCCAGCAGAUCUGCAUCGAGUGCAGCCUAGGCUUCUCCCUGUUCCUGCAGGGUUGUGUGAAGCUCUGCCCCCCCGGUUUCACCACGGGCCCCCAGCUCCUCAACAUGUCCCUGGACAACUGGGUGGACUUGUCCUCCGUUCAGUCCUGCCUGCCAUGCCACCCUGCUUGCCUCACCUGUUCCGGCCCCGGGCCCAGCGAUUGCCUCUCUUGCCCCCCUCACAGCCACCUGGUCCUCACCGCCUGCCUGCACCAGAACCAGGUCCAGCGCAAGUCCCCCACUGGCCCCGACCUCCAGGGAGAUGUGGGUGGACCAGGGGAAAGCUCAGUGGGGUUAGAACAGGGGGGAGGUGGGGGAGUGGGGGAGCCUCCAGGACCUAGCCUGGCCCUGUCCUCCCCUCUGGCCACCCUCCUGGCGGUGCUCAGCUGUGCCUUUAUCCUGGCAGCCUUUGCCGGGGUCUUCCUUAUGCUGCAGCUGCGCUCUCGUGGCGCCUCCUGGGCCCGUAGGACCAAACUGCACUCUGUGGAGACGGGGGGAUGGGCCUCGGGGGGCUUCGGCCUGGGGCUGGGCUGGGAGAGGCAGGGCAGAGUAUCAUAUAAAGGGAUCCCCACCGUGUGGGGUGACGAGGACCAGGUAACACUGGGGGGCUCUGAUUCCGACAGUGAAGAACUGAACUGCCACAGUGAGAGGACAGCCUUUAUCAGGACACAGAGCUCUCUCUAGCCCCCUCUCUGACCCCUACGUCUGGAGGAAACUCUUCAGAGGGUUUGGUCUCUCCAGCCCCUCCCUCUGCUAGAGCUCAUGGGUCUGUAGUGUGAGUCUGGUUUAGGCAUUGUCCCUAGCUGAUACACAGAGAUUCUGAUCCAGGGAUGUAAUGGCUCAGCCCAGCAAGCAGCUCCUGGUCCAAUGAUUCACCCUCAAGCAUUAAUCAAUUGAAAAUGUUUUUGUUUUAUAAUGACUAUAUAUAUAUAUUAUUUUGGUUUUAUUUUAAUUUCAUUUUUUGCUUUUAAACACUUGAAUAAGAUUAUUUGCCCUUUGCCCAAGGGUCUUGGUAAAGUACAGUUUUCGCUAAUGUUUCCCAUUGACCUUUAGUUUAUUGUAGAAAGGCCGAUUUCUGUAUUUUGAAAGUUGCAUAUCUUGAAAACUUGAUUGCUGUGACAUGCAAAACAUUUUGGGACUAUAUCAACAAUGGACUGACACGGAACCCAAACCGGCUGCGCGCGUGCGCCAUUGUGAAUAAAUGUAUUUUGUCUCCCUACACCAAACGCAAUCAUGACACACAGGUUAAAAUAUCAAAACAAACUCUGAACCAAUGACAUUAAU